GUUAGGGAGUGUAAAUGAUCUUAGUUUCUGUUGUAAGCCUGGUCUUUCCUGAGAGACACCUCUGACUUCUGUUGGGAUAUUUUGUGGUGGGCCUGGGUGUUCUGUGAUCAUGAGGCUGUGGAGGAGAGAAGCUGUAACCCUAAUUGUUUGUACAGUGUUAACCUCGAUUUCUGCAAUUGUUGUGCAAACGCCAACCAAAGUAGUAGAAAGCGCAAGAGGGCAGAGCGCCGUUUUGCCAUGUAAAUACCAGACUUCGACAAUAGGUAGAAAAUCUGGCAGCGUAGAAUGGAAGAGGCUCCCAAGUCAGGAAGAAGUGACGAUUCUCUUCUUUAAUGAUAUCACCACUAAUGGCUCAAAUUAUCAAGACCGAGUUUCAUUUAAUGGUAAUGUAAACGCUGAUGAUGCCACCAUAACUAUCAACCAACUGAGAAUGGAGGAUAACGGCACUUACCAGUGUGAUGUCAAGAUCUCCACUGACCGUCAGGGAACCUCUUUUGCAUCAUUAGAUCUUGUCGUAUUAGUGGCUCCAACCAAACCCAACUGUGGUAUUGCUGGGACAGCGGAAUAUGGGCAGGUAAUCACCUUGACCUGCGCCUCCAGCGAAGGGUCUCCUAUCCCAGACUAUUCAUGGAAAAGCUUCUCUCCAGACAAUCAAGAGAGACAACUACCGCUUACAUCAGAAAGAGUGGCAGGAGGUUUGACAUUAAAAAAUAUCUCAAUGGACACAUCUGGAUUUUUUAUUUGUACUGCAAAAAAUAAGGUGGGAUCCGACUUCUGUAAUCUCACACUAGCGGUGAUGCCACCUUCUAUGAACAUUGCUUUCUAUGCUGGGAUCAUUGGAGGGAGUGUUGGAGGAAUUAUAGUUCUUGGAAUUAUUGCCUAUUGCUGCUGUUGCCGAGAUAAGGACAAAGGGGAAUAUGACUAUGAGAUGCCAGACAAAGAUCAAGAAGAAGAUGAUGAAGACGUUGAAGAAAGAAAAGUAGCUCAACAGAAGCAGCGAUAUGACUAUAAUGACGACGAGGAAAUUGAUGAUGAAGAAGAUCAGCGCAGAGCUGGUCCACCAAAGCCGCCAUCCAACAAACCUCGCUUAGUAAUGAAUAGCGUGGAUGCGUAAUAUAGGAAAUAGACUCUGCUUCUGUUUUUUUUUUUCCUUCUGAAAGUCUCGUUUUUUGUUUUUCUCAUAAAAUAUAUUUUUUAAUGUAGUUGGUUUUGACUUUUUUAAACAUCAUUUAAAAAGACAUUAAAGUAUUUUUUUAUAAAUGCAAAGUAAAUAUCAACAAUGAAGCACUGCAUUGCAUUCAAUCUGCUUACAGAAUACAUAUUUUAUCAGCAUUAUAAAGCUUUCAUUUUGGUAACAGAAUUUUGCAUGAAUUGGAAAAGCCUUGAGUGUGUUUUCAUAGCCUUAGGGGUGUCCAGUCAGAUGACUGAUUUGCACAUACUCCUGCUCUUCUCUAAGCAAUAAUUCUGCAGCAUACUUAAGUAUCCAGUGUACUACCUGACUCUGGGGAAAAAAAAAUACAAUUUGGAGAGGUAAAUUAGAUAAAAAGCAGGCGAAAUGAAUGAAUAAUUAAUGUGCAUUGCAUUAGUUUUACAGUGCUUAAUUAAACAUUUAAAUCAUGUGGGAUUUAAUUUUUGAGUUUAAAAUCCCUUUAGUCUACUCACUACCCUGCUGACACCAAAACCCACUAAUUUGUCAAGAGUUCAACAAAAAUAAAGUAAAUGGUUAAAAAAAAUAUAAAACAAGACAACGGCAGUGCUUUACAAAUUGUACAAUUUUUUUUAAGAGGCAUUACUGACAAACACUUUAAUGACCACCCUUAUGACCCUGGAAGUGCUGCCAAUGAAUUCUUAGGUCUAAAUAAAAUUAGACUGUUGUGUUUACCAGUGUGUGUGUCUGUGUAUAUGUAUGUGUGUGUAUAUUUGUGUGUCUGUGUAUAUGUAUGUGUGUGUAUAUUUGUGUGUAUGUGUAUAUGUAUGUGUGUGUAUAUUUGUGUGUCUGUGUAUAUGUAUGUGUGUGUAUAUUUGUGUGUCUGUGUAUAUGUAUGUGUGUGUAUAUUUGUGUGUAUGUGUAUAUGUAUGUGUGUGUAUAUUUGUGUGUCUGUGUAUAUGUAUGUGUGUGUAUAUUUGUGUGUCUGUGUAUAUGUAUGUGUGUGUAUAUUUGUGUGUCUGUAUGUAUGUAGAUAUAUACACAAACACUAAGUGUAGAUUUUACCAAUAAUAAAUAAAAGUAAACAAGGUUUCAUCCCUUAACAUCCACACAAGCACCAUUGUCUUUCUUAAAAAGCUAACUAGCUUAGUCCAUGUGAACAUAGGUUUUUAUUUUUAGAUUUUCUUUGGGCAAACACUGUGUGAAAAGUACAGACGGCUCCUAAACAAGUUGGAAAACAUUUAGUGCACGGAGACAGAGGGGUUUAUAACAAGUUUGUGUAAUGCUACAUUUAGUAACGUUCUAGCAUUUUGAAACAUAAAUACUCACUUCAUUGUCUAAUUGAUGCACAUAAUGUAACUGUAAAAGGGGGGAAAAAAUACUAAAUGAUGAAAAGUUUUGUACACGUUCACUGAAACGCCCCAGCCUGUUCUAAAUUUGUAUAACAAUAUAUUUUCUUUUUAAAUAACUUUUUGUGAUCUAUGAAAACUAAUAAAGUUGUAGUAUUUGUAUUGUACAAACUUCAGUGGAUAUAUUAUUACACUUGAAUUUCAUAACCUAUUUUUACAUUACAGUUAAAGUGGUGAAGCAAUAGCGUUGUAAAUAUAUAAUAACAAUGUAUUUCAACAUUUAAAUAUUUUCUUUUGUAUUAUUAAUAAAUAAAUGGAAAUAAAACCUAUGUCCUUA